AUGUUCAACUGGUGUAUCUGGGAACUGCAGUGCAAGGCGAGAGGGCUCCAGCAACGGUGUGAUGACACCUUGAUCAUCUACGACACGCACGCAGCCGCUGUGUUCAAGAGAGACCCAUCUACGGCUCUUAGAGUACUCGUUUCCGACGCCCUUGCACCUCUGGAGCAAGAGGCCCUGGCCGCUCCAGGGGGCAUCAAGGCCUGGGAAACUGGCCGGGAUGAAACAAGCCUCAUGGUUGUCCAGCCGGCGAUGUACGCAUUCGAGUACGGCCGGACACCGAUAGUCCGGGACCGCGAGAUCACUCUGGACGAGUGCCUCAGCUCGAUGGGGAGCGGCGAGCCCACUGGCCAUCCUCGGGCGCUUCCUCGAGUCGAGGCGAGGGCACAGGCCGGGAUAUCGUGUCGCUAUCAGCUGUUGCCGGCCGACGUUGAGCUCGACGCCGAGGGCAAGUCACACAUCACGAGCUACAUUAACGACGUCCACCCCGUUGUACACGUCGCGACGUACCGCGCAAUCGAGACGCUGCUCGACACAGCGCUUCCUCUCUUCGCUGCGGCGGAUGAUAGCGUCCAGCCCAAGUCGUACGAGCCUGGCGCGCAGCCUGGGCGGUUUCAGGCAGACCUCUCGCGCUGCACGGUGCCGGGGGUUUGCGAGGAGGGCUGGCAGCACGAGCCUGUGGAUGAGCGGGGGUGCAAGCCGAGCAACUACUACAAGCAUCCCGACCAUGAUCCCAUCAGCUCCCAGCAGGCGGCAGAGGAGUGGUUCGUGCGCACCCACCCUUUGGUUCAGCCACAACCGUUACCGUCAGCCGAGGAUCGACAACGGUUCCUGGACUCAUGGCGCCCCCUGCCAGACUCGGUGUCAGUCCUAGGCAAGAAGCUACAGAUCAUCGUCUCCGUCAAGAAUGUCGUUCUCACUCCCCAAAAGCCAAGGUUCCCAGGGACCGAGUUUCACGUGCAAGGCCUGAUAAACGAGCGUGUUAGUGGAGUAGCGGUGUAUUGCUACGACAGCGACAAUGUCACGGAAAGCCGCUUGUCGUUUGCGGCGCCAGCCGCACCUGUGGAUCACCGCAGAGACCCGGGCAACGUGCAGUACCUGUACGGGAUAUCUCAGUCCAGAGACUAUGUUCCACUGGUAUGGGUAACGCUGGGCUCCACAAUGCUCCGCCCCGGCGGUCUUGUCGUCUUCCCGAAUGUGCUGGCGCACCGAGACGAGCCGCUCGAGCUAGCCGACAGUACGCGUCCUGGCUUCCGCAAGACCAUAACCGUAUGCCUCGUCGAUCCGCACACUCCUAUCCUCUCAACGGUGAACGUCCCACCACAGCAGCGGCUGUGGGCGGCGAGCGACGCCCACGAGGCACCUGGACUCGUGGGACCCGGAAUGGCGCAUUUCACAAGCGAGGAGCUGCUGCAUGAGAGGAGCGUGUCGGCUGCGACAGUAUCUGGCGCACGCUUGGCACAGGAGUGGUCACCACGUCGAGCAGUUCAGCAUAUGCAAUGUCUGUCUUGCCGUGCCUGA